GGUUGCUACGGUGAAAGGGUACGACUGCUGUGCGACAACACGAAGUAUUCGUAAUGAAAAAGAGUCAGGGAAAGCAUUUUAUACGAAACAUUAGCUGGACGUAUUAAGGACAUAAAAAGACUGAGUCUUGCAGUGUAGAGGAGAAGAUUCUGUCUGCAUCAAAAGAAGAGUUCGGAGAGCGAGCAUGAAAAACAUAACCGUUGCUUAGUGAAGACCAAUAAAGUCUGCCGAUGGAGAAAAGUGUGACAAGCACUACAGGCCAUACUACUAUUUGUACAUUAAUUUUACUCGGACACAUAUGUGAUUCUGUUUUUUUUUUUUACUGAAAAGCUUUUAUCCUUGUCAAGACCUGUUGAAAAUUCCAACGUUUCGAGCGGAAAGAAUAAGUAUUGAGCUGUUCAUGUGCUUGGAAUGAAAGAAGACUGAACACACCCAACCCCUUUACUCCUUCCUCCCUUUGCAAAGAGAAGCUUGCUAUUUUAUUUUUUACUUUAAAUUAUUCAAAUUAUAUUUAGAAGACUGAAAUAGGUCUCCCAAAAAAUCCUUUCCUAGGAUGGCGAGUAGCAGCACAACUAAGAAAUCUUGGAAACUUCAGGAGAUAGUUGCUCAUUCAAGCAAUGUUUCAUCAUUGGUUUUGGGGAAGACAUCUGGGCGUCUAUUGGCAACUGGUGGGGAAGAUUGUCGAGUGAACAUCUGGGCAAUCAAUAAGCCCAACUGUAUAAUGAGCCUUACAGGCCAUAAUAACCCUGUGGAAUGCAUCCAGUUUAGCAGCACAGAAGAGCAAGUUGUAGCUGGGUCACAGUCUGGUUCUCUAAGAGUAUGGGACCUUGAAGCAGCUAAAAUUCUGCGAACCUUGAUGGGUCAUAAAGCUAAUAUUUGCAGUCUUGAUUUUCACCCAUUUGGGGAGUAUGUGGCCUCUGGUUCUAUGGACACUAAUAUCAAGCUAUGGGAUGUCAGAAGAAAAGGCUGUGUGUUUAGCUACAAGGGCCACAUGCAAGCAGUAAGGUGUCUUUGCUUUAGUCCUGAUGGAAAAUGGUUGGCAUCAGCUAGUGAUGACAGUACAGUAAAGCUUUGGGAUUUAACAGCUGGAAAGAUGAUUACAGAAUUUACAGCGCACACUGGGCCUGUAAACGUUGUAGAAUUCCAUCCUAAUGAGUAUUUGUUGGCAUCAGGUAGUUCUGACAGGACAGUCAAGUUUUGGGACCUUGAAAAGUUUCAGAUGAUUGGAUCUACAGAAGUGGAAACGGGUCCUAUAAAGUGCAUUGCAUUUAAUCCAGAUGGAUGUUGCUUGUAUAGUGGCUCCCAGGAUUCUCUCAGGGUAUAUGGUUGGGAGCCAGAUAGAUGUUUUGAUGUGGUGUCAGUAACUUGGGGCAAGGUAGCUGACCUAGCUAUCUGUAGUAACCAGCUGAUUGGCGUGUCAUUUAAUCUGACAAAUGUGUCCUCGUUUGUUGUGGAUCUGAGCCGAGUAAAGAAGUCUGGUUCUAUGAUUCAAGGUUUGCUUCUUGAUGAUAAACCUCUCAGUGAGCCAUAUUCCAAAGGCACUACUAUCAGGCGAAAUUAUGACCGACCACUUACCACUUGUAGCAAACCCCAAAGGGUUAAACAGAACUCUGAGAGCGAUCGAAAGAGUCCUGAAGGAGAUAGACAGAGUCCUAGUAGCGAAGAAGACAAAGAUGAGAAGGAAUCCACAGCAGAGAUUCGCAAUCCAGAAGACUAUAAAGAGAUCUUCCAGCCAAAGAAUGCAAUCUCUCGAACACCUCCAAAGAAAAGUGAGCCAUUCCCUGCCCCACCAGAGGAUGAGAGUUUUACAAUUAAACCCAGCACUCCUUUAGAUGCACAGACUCCUGUACCAGAGAAAAUAAAAUUGGAUCAGUUGAAAAUGCCCCCUGUUGCUUCAUCUACACCUGUGAAUAGAGUGGAGCCUACAAUUGUUCCGCCAACCAGCCGUGCACAACCUGUAGCUGUGUCAGCUCCAAGCAAAGUGGAACCAGCUGUCAUUCCUGCAUCUAGAAAUGAGCCAAUUGGAUUAAAGGCAACAGAUUUUUUACCUCCAGCAAAAAAUAAUAAUCAGCUUGCCUUGAGUGAUGAUGAUGCCUUAUCCCAGAUCCGAAAAGGCCAUGAAACAAUGUGUGUAGUCCUUACAAGCAGAUAUAAAAAUCUUGACACUGUGAGAACUGUAUGGAGUAGUGGUGAUAUAAAGAAUUCUUUGGAUUCAGCAGUAACCAUCAAUGACCUGUCAGUUGUGGUAGACAUGCUGAAUAUCAUCAACUUGAAACCAUGCCUAUGGAAGCUGGACCUUUGUACUUCUAUCCUUCCUCAGAUUGAAAAACUGCUGCAGAGCAAAUAUGAAAGUUAUGUUCAGACAGGAUGUACUUCUCUAAAGCUUAUCCUACAGCGAUUUUUGCCUUUAAUAACAGACAAUCUUGCAGCACUUCCUUCAGUCGGAGUAGAUAUCACCCGGGAAGAAAGGCAUCAGAAGUGCAAGGCAUGUUACAAGCAGUUGAAGAAUCUCAGCAACGUUGUUAAAAGCAAAGCAGGGUUAGUGGGACGUCACGGCAGUGCCUUUCGAGAGCUUCAGCUUCUCAUGGCUUCACUGGAGUGAUGACGACUUUGAGGGCAGUAAUUGUGCCCUCUGUGCAUAAACUUUAAAUCAAGCCAACUCCUCCAAGACAGCUUUUGGAAUGAAGAGACUGAAGGUGGUCUUAUGAGGCACUCGUGUUUAAGUGGUUAUGUAUUGAAGAAUAUCUGUUCCUGGUUUUAAAGGAAUAUAAUAGAAUUGUACAUUGUUUCUCUUGUACACUCAUUUUGAGUGGUUUUGAGAGUAGAUACCCUGUUUUCCCACUGGACUGAGAACCCUAGUAGGUUUUAUAUUUAAGAAUUAAGGUUCACAGCUCCAUAUUGUAGUAAUGCAGCCUUUGCUGGACAAAAGUUUGUGGGCUUUUUCUUUUUUGUUACCCAAAAUUGGCUUUUGGAUUUCUCUAACUAAAGCAUUUUUCUCUAACAGAGCACUGUACUGUACACACAAACUAAUCAUGUGGGGUUGAUGAUUUUUUAACAAAGUAAAUGAAGUUUGCUGGUAUUGAAGAAAGGAUGAAUUAUUCUGGGAACCCUCUCUUUGGUUGGAAGGACGGAUCAUAAUGUCUUAUGUGGCCUAAUGCACCUUAAGUACCUUACAUAAAAACACAUUUAUACUUUUUAUUUCACAUUAAACCAAAAAAAAGUGCCCGGAAUUGAGAAUUCUUUUUUUCAAGUGACUCCCGAAUGUAGAAACCAAUGAAAUUUGGCCACUUUGUUUGCAUUAGUGGGCUGCUCAGCUGCUUUCUGGUGCUGCUGUUCUUUUCUGGAAUGAUUUGCUUCAGACACCGGAAUAUCUAAAUGGUUUAAUUUGAAAGUUUUGUUGUUUUUUUUUUUUUUAAUUUAACACAAAUCUUUGCUUGGAAAAAGAUUUUCACCACAUGUUUAUUUUGCCAUUUUGUAAUACUUGCUUCAGGUAUUUUGACAAAUGUAUGAUUUUGUUUAAAAUUGACAUUUCUCCUUCUGUACCUCCUCAAAACACUUUGUGCCUUGCAAUGCAUGACAAGUGAAACAUUCAUCACUAACAACAAGAACUUCAAUAAGAAGUUUUUGUUUCCAAAAUUAUGUACAUAUUUUUUAAUACCUAGUAUGCCAUUAUUUUUCUAGAACAGUGAUUCAGGAGAGUUUUCACUGUAUCAGUAAAACAUUCCAGAUUUUAUUUUGUACCAUGUCUUCUAUCAUUUUGAAAUGACUCCUGAUCUGAAGACUUCCUGAUUCUGCACUUUUAUGUUAUUUUGCCAUGUUUGGUUUGUGUACAUGUGACAUAUGAAAUGAAGUCGGACUGGGACUAAUCCAUUAUAUUUGUUGUAAUUAAUAAAUAAAUUGUUUUGGUCAA